GACGACUUUCUAUGUUACCAUCAAUCUGUUUAAGAAAACUCUGGCAUCCAUUUCUGUGUAAAUAAAAAUAGAAUUAAAAGCUUCUUUUCUACCUCAUCUUUGACGAAAUGGCAGGGAACUUCUGGCAAAGUUCUCACUAUCUUCAGUGGGUUCUGGAUAGACAGGACCUGAUGAAGGAGCGCCAGAAGGACCUGAAGUUUCUGUCAGAAGAGGAGUAUUGGAAACUGCAGAUUUUCUUUGCCAAUGUCAUCCAGGCCUUGGGGGAACAUCUGAAGCUGAGGCAGCAAGUCAUUGCCACUGCUACAGUGUACUUCAAACGCUUUUACGCCAGAUACUCUUUGAAAAGUAUAGAUCCUGUGCUGAUGGCCCCUACCUGUGUGUUUUUGGCCUCUAAAGUUGAGGAAUUUGGAGUAGUUUCAAAUACCAGACUUAUCUCUGCUGCAACCUCUGUGUUGAAAACUAGGUUCUCCUAUGCCUUCCCUAAAGAGUUUCCUUACCGAAUGAAUCAUAUCUUAGAAUGUGAAUUUUACCUCCUAGAGUUGAUGGAUUGUUGCCUGAUUGUGUACCACCCAUAUAGACCACUGUUGCAGUAUGUGCAGGACAUGGGGCAAGAGGACAUGUUGCUGCCUUUGGCCUGGCGAAUAGUCAAUGACACAUACAGAACUGAUCUCUGCCUGCUUUACCCUCCCUUCAUGAUCGCACUGGCCUGUCUGCAUGUGGCCUGUGUGGUGCAGCAGAAAGAUGCUAGACAGUGGUUUGCAGAGCUUUCUGUUGAUAUGGACAAAAUCCUGGAGAUUAUCCGUGUUAUUCUUAAAUUGUAUGACCAGUGGAAAAACUUUGAUGACCGUAAAGACAUAGCUGCUGUGCUGAACAAGAUGCCAAAGCCGAAGCCUCCUCCCAACAGUGAGAGUGAUCAGAGUUCAAAUGGGAACCAAAGUAACUCCUACAGCCAAUCUUAGCCAUGGGCCGACAGUGUUUACAUCUGCACAGAGGAUGUUUCAUGGGCCAAAUAUUCAUCUUUGACACCUAAAAUCUGAAGUCUUCACCUCCAACUCUGCUUAUUGUGGGUCUCUUAACACUCUGCUCUGCUACACACAUGAACUGAAACUGGGUAAUCUGAAAAGGAACGUGCCAAUUUGAGAUGAAAUGAAGGGCAACUUUUUGGAUUUAAUAAACUUGAUCAAAUGUACUGUGAGCGAGCGAUUUAACCUCAGGGACUAGGCAGACUUCUUCACUGGGGUCUGUUGGAUACUGUGUCGAUGAGGAGUGGACCCAAGUUUACUGUGAUGUGAUUGGAUAACCCUGCUGUCAGUGGGCCAAGCUGGUGGAUCAUGGAAUUACAAACAGCUUUUCAAUCAUGUCCUACCCCUUUGCCCUUUUUGUAAAUACUUUUAGCAUUGUAAUAUUUUAUCUUUUUUGCUUAAUUAAAACUUUUGUUGGGAAUCAUGAGCUGAUCUGUUUAUGCGCUUUAGAAGAAAUUUCAUUUUGCUUCACAUUUGAGUUUGCAACACAGUCAUCAUUGACAUGCGUUUUGCUUUAGGGCUAUAGAAAAUAGUUUUUGGCUUGUUUUUGUUUUCUUCUGUGUAAAAGCAAAUCAGAAUCAAGUAUAUUUUGUCCAGUUUUGUUUGGAUUUUUUGUCAAUUCUGCCAUCCAUUUAAUUGAUUGUGGCAAUACACCUGUGCAUAUUCCUCUAGAUGUCUAUAUUUUUGUGCUGUAAAACUGUGAGAGCUGUGAGUCUGUGUGUGUGAAUGUAUUCAAAAACAAGGUGCUUGAAGGCCUUAAAUAAAGCUGCUGGUUCCAGUAAUCCUCUCAUUCAAGCACAGCCGCGUUUCAUUCAGGUGACAGAUGACAGGACUUUCACAUCUUUUCCUGUGGUUAUGUAUCCACUAAUUGAUCAGAUUAAUUUACAUGUUAAAGGCUAGUCUAAUGAGCAGUUUCACAGAAAAGCACAAAUGACCUGUACAGUCUUUGCUUUUCUUUCAAUGGGCACCAUCUGUUACAUGAUCAUCCUCCUGUGUGAGGGUACAAUACAAGGGCUUCACCUCAAUCUAACUUGUAAUGCAUUUCCACUCCGUAACUAUUACUUGAACCUGUUAAUUAUUUGUAAAACUCAUUUAUGAAAUAAAAUGUUUGGUGUGAAAAA